GAGCACGGCCUCGCACUCCCAGCGCCCUCACCUGCCGACUCCGUGUCGCGGCUGCUGCUUCUUUGGCCGCGAGAAAGUGCCAAACUGCGGCCCCUACCUUGGAGAGUACCCGGGUUUUGGAGGUCCUUCUCCUUCCAGCAGUCUUCCCCUGAGAGCAGGCAAAGGGAUACAAAUUUCGCGCGGGCCCAGCUGAGGUGGGAGGUAAAGAGGGACGGACCGGAAGUGAUGGUUGUCAUAGCUACCGAGGAGGCCGGCCUCUUCCUCGUUUUAUUCUCCUCCCCACCCUAAUGCUCUGUUUUUCUGAAACUGGGAAGCUAGAACGAAGAAAUGCUGAUAUUUUGGGCCCCUCAAAUAUAACCAGAGGCUCUAAUGAGUCCAUUGACCAGUAGAUUUGGGAGAGGACCAGACCGGAAAUGGCAGUUUCCAUGGUAACUCCCGAGCGGGUUGCCUAGGAGAUGACCCCUUUCGGUCUCUCAAUCUGUGCUGUAGCGUCAUUUCUAAGGCAGAUCUAACUGAUCUUGGACUGUCUCCUGCCAUGAUUCCCGGGAAAUACCGCUCUGUUUCUGGCCGGGCUGCGAGCAACGUGAACUGUGGGCUUCAUCUGGUUAUUCAAACGUCAUCGCUUCCUGAAAAAAACAAAGUUGAAUUCAGGCUAAAUAGAGAAACACCGUCAUUCCCUGGUCGACUCUUACAACAUGACCUUGAAAGAAACUACUCAAGUAGACAAGGUGAUCAUAUUAAUUUGGUGAGCUCAUCAAUGCCUUCAUUUCCCAUUCUCCAACGUUCUUCUGAAGAGAAAAUUCUUUACUCAGACAGGUUGACCCUAGAAAGGCAGAAGCUGACUGUGUGUCCUAUUAUUGAUGGGGAAGAGCACCUUCGUCUGCUGAACUUUCAGCACAAUUCUAUAACUCAGAUCCAGAAUAUCUCCAAUCUGCAGAGGCUAAUAUUCUUGGAUCUAUAUGAUAAUCAGAUUGAAGAAAUUAGUGGACUUUCUACUCUGAGAUCCCUCCGUGUCCUUCUGUUGGGGAAAAACAGAAUUAAGAAAAUUUCAAAUCUGGAGAAUCUAAAGAGCUUAGAUGUCUUGGACCUUCAUGGAAAUCAGAUUACCAAAAUUGAAAAUGUCAAUCAUUUGUGUGAUUUGAGAGUUUUAAAUCUUGCCAGGAACUUUUUAAGUCACGUUGAUAAUCUUAAUGGGCUGGAUUCACUAACUGAGCUUAACCUGCGACACAAUCAAAUUACUUUUGUGAGAGAUGUGGAUAAUUUGCCCUGCCUCCAACGUCUGUUUCUCAGCUUCAACAAUAUAGCUACUUUUGAGAGUGUUUGCUGCCUCGCGGACUCCACUUCUCUCUCCGACAUCACCUUUGAUGGCAAUCCCAUAGCGCAAGAGUCAUGGUACAAGCACACAGUCCUUCAGAAUAUGACGCAGCUGCGCCAGCUAGACAUGAAGAGAGUCACAGAAGAAGAAAGGCGUAUGGCAUCUGUUGUAGCCAAAAAAGAGGAAGAGAAGAAGCGGGAAAGUCAUAAGCAGUCUUUGCUUAAGGAGAAGAAAAGGUUAACAAUUAACAAUGUAGCUCGAAAUUGGGACUUGCAACAACAUCGAAUAACCAGUGUCGCUAUAAAUCAAGAUAGAAGAGAUUCUGACUCUCAGGACCAGUGUCAGAACGAUGGAAGCACCGUCUCUGCAUUUCCAGAGGAAGCAGGGUCUCUGGACUCAGGACUCACCAGUGGAUUACAGGAUCUAUCUGUCACAGACACACACCUUGUUGAAGUGGAUGGAGACACGCUUUCCCUGUAUGGCUCAGGAGCACUGGAGUGUCUGGAUCGGAACUGGAGCAUGCAAACAGCAGGAAUGGUGACAACAGUGUCCUUCACGUUCAUAGAAUUUGAUGAAAUCGUCCAAGUGCUUCCCAAAUUGAAGAUUAAGUUUCCUAAUUCUCUGCACCUUAAAUUCAAGGAAACAAAUCUUGUAAUGCUGCAGCAAUUUAAUGCACUAGCACAGCUCCGUCGAGUUGACCAGUUGACAAUUGAUCCUCAAGGAAAUCCAGUUGUCGGUUUUACACUCUGGAAAUAUUAUGUCCUGUUUAGGCUGAGCCAUUUUAAUAUGCAGAAAAUAAAUGGAACAGAGGUGACGCAAAAUGAUAUGAUAAUGGCUGAGAGGCUGUUUGGAAUCCUAGCACAUGUAGCAUCUUCUGAAUUACCGCAAUACCGUCUGAUUUCAAUACUGGGUGAUGCCAGGAAGAAGCAAUUCCGAUAUCUUCUAGAAACCAAAGGGAAAAAACCUGGUAUUGUCAGUGAAGAAAAUAAUGAUCGCAAGAGACUUGUGGGAGAAAACACAAAUCGUGCUACACUGAAUUAUACCACCAGAGACUUUUACACUGAAAAGCUGGAGGAAAUAAAGGAAAAAAAGAAAUUCUGCAAGAUGUAUAUCGAGGAUCUUGUGAAGGAAGCCACAGAAAUCAACAUGAAAAAUGAAGCUUUGCAGAAACUUUGGCCACAGAUGUUCAUUGAACUUGUGAGGGAUGCAGUUAUAGAAAUCCGCAAUAAAAAUUCCUAUAUGAAGCUUUGCCUACAGCAGAUAACGGACCAAAAAUAGAAAUGGCUUAGUUACAACUGAGAUUUUUAGUUUUAUGUUUUUGAUGGUUAUGUGGGUUAAAAAAAUGUUAAAACAACAACAAAACUUUUCCUUCAAGCUAGAAAGACUAGCAUCAAAGCAUUUAUUGCCUACUGUUCUUGUAGUUAAAGGUUAGGAAGGAAAGAGCAAAAGGGAAAAUUCAUUUCCUAUAUAUGUUGACCAAACAGCCUUUGGGAACUGAGCAAUCUUUAGGGCCCUUGAAUGGGCCCUGCGUCUUGGGUUCUUGAUUUGACUGGUGCCCCUGCUAUAGCCCAAAGCACGUAGUGUUCGCUCAUGAUUCAGCAUGAGUUGCUUCUGUCUACUUUCAGCUGAUAAUUUUUAGUUACUUAUCUCUUUAUUUUAUGUCAUGAUUUCAAAGCCAAAAAUAUGUUCUUUUAUAUGAGUGAAGAAUAAACUUAUUAAUAAAUUAGUUUAAAAGAAAACGUGUUUGCCUCCUUAA